UCCACACCAACAUGAACUCGAAGGUCCUUCUUCUCGCGACUCUCGUGGCUGUCGCCGCCGCCGACAGGCGACCUUACUCCUACUCCGCUCCUGAGUUUUCCUCUGAGGAAUUCGGCCCCGCCCACUACAACUUCGACUGGGCGGUCCAGCACAGCGACUCCGGCAACAACUUCGGCCACCAGGAGGCCCGCGACGGCGGCGACACCCAAGGAUCGUACUUCGUGCAGCUUCCCGACGGUCGCCUGCAGACCGUUAGGUUUAGCGUUCAAGGAGACUCCGGAUUCGUGCCCGAAAUCUCGUACGAAGGAGAGGCUCGUUAUCCUGACUCCUUCGAGUCGUUCGAGUCGUUUGAAUCGUUCGAGUCUCGUGAAUCUCGUGGCUACGCCCCUCCAAGACCCGUGUAUGGUUGAAGGCACAGAAAAGAAAACCCAGAUGCUACUUCGGCUACCGCUACUCUAACUUAUUUUUCAUUAUAUGAAAUAUAUUUUCUACUAAUAAAUCAUACGAAUCAUA